AUGACCGAAACAAAGAUGCAACUCGAAGACUGGCUGGAUGACUUAUGUGUCCGCUUCAUUAUCAACCUACCCCGUGAGGAGCUCGAAUCGGUGGAGCGGAUCUGUUUCCAAGUCGAAGAGGCACAAUGGUUCUAUGAAGAUUUCAUUCGGCCACUUGACCCUGCAUUACCUUCACUCACCUUGAAAGCUUUCGCCCUACGCAUUUUCCAACAUUGUCCUCUAAUGUCGCAAUGGUCACCAUACCACCACCAAACCGCAUUCUCGGAGUUUCUGGCUUACAAAACUCGUGUUCCAGUUCGUGGAGCAAUCUUAUUGAAUCAAGACAUGGACGAGGUUGUCUUAGUCAAAGGCUGGAAGAAAGGCGCUAACUGGAGUUUUCCACGUGGUAAAAUCAAUAAAGGCGAGAAGGACUUGGAUUGUGCUAUUCGCGAAGUUUACGAAGAAACCGGAUUCGACGUUCGCGGGGCGAACCUGGUGAAAGAUGAUGAUGCCGUCAAACAUAUCGAAAUAUCCAUGCGCGAGCAACAUAUGCGACUUUAUGUCUUUCGUGGCGUUCCCCGCGACACUUAUUUUGAGCCGCGGACACGCAAAGAGAUCAGCAAGAUCGAGUGGUACAAGUUGUCAGAACUGCCGACGCUCAAGAAGAAUAAGCAAGACGAAGGGAUGACAGUGGCCAACGCCAACAAGUUUUACAUGGUCGCACCUUUCUUGCACCCAUUGAAGAAAUGGAUAUCGCAGCAGAAGAAACUUGAGCCCCGGGCUCAAGGUGUUGCUGCUUACUCGCAGAAUGAAGGUUACACUUCAGUGGACGAGAAUGGGUUCCAAACCAGCGAUUCAAUGUUUGCGUCUACCGCUGCAAAUGGGGUUCCGAGUGAUCUGCCUGAAGUGACUUCGAUGCAAGAUGUCUCUUCCCAUCUCAAGCGACUCCUGAAUAUCAAUGGGGGCGUACCGACACCUCAAAUUCAACCCACUCAGCCCGCUGCAGUAGAUCAGUCGAAGUCGAAUGCUUUGCUUGAAUUGUUGCGACAGGGCUCUCAAGACGUUGUUCCUCAAGUUCAGAAUGCUGCUGCAGCACCUUCAACUACAUCUCACCCAAGCGCGUUACCUAUGACGCACGCACCUCACUUAGCGCCUAACUUCUUCCCCGGCUUUCCUCAGCAGCAGCAGCACAUGGCUCCAACCAAUUUCAUGCAACAGACAUCUGCCCAGUCUUAUUUCAACGGACAACCUCAGUCAAACAUGCAACAUUCUCACUUCCCGGGCCAUCCAGAGCCCUCUGCGUCUCCCGCUGCUCACCAUCUGCCUCAAAUGAAUUCCGCGAGCCAUCAAACUCUCCACCCUGCAGUUCAAGCCAAUGUGUCGGUACCCCGAAAUCAAGGAACGGCUCCAUUCCAGCAGACCGGGGACCCUCAAUUCUCCCAACAGGCCCGGCCACCUCAACAUUCGGGGGUUAGAGUGCCGCCGGCGAGCAAUUUGCCUCCGCCAACGCUUAAUAGCCACUCACUUGCAUUGCUAGAUGUGUUCAAGAAUAAAUCUUUCCAAAGCCCGAGGGCCCCGCCAGUUGCUACUUUGGCCGCUCCAGAUCAGGCUUACGUCAAGGUACGGAAGACAUCACAGCACCAAGACAGUCUCUUAAAUUUGUUCAAGGGUCAGGCCACUUCGCCCGCUCCUCCACCUGUGGAACUGUCAGGCAACCCUCUCACCCCAACUCCAGCUGCACCUGCACCUGCAGAGGUUCAAAUUCUCCAGCGAGCUCCCCAGCAGGCGGGUUCCAACGCGCAGCAAAGAACCGGUGCAUCCAAAUCGAGUCAAACUGCAGCUACUGUAUCUGGGCCCUUGAACAUGCCACAGUUUGAGGCGAAUCUAAGGUCAGCACCCAAGAAGGGACCGAAUGGACCUAGCCGAAAGAACAACCUCAACCGACGAGAUCACCAGCAGGCCCCGCAGUCUGCUCCCAUCAAAAUAUUGCCACGCCCACAGUCGUCGAAGCGCGAUACACAGAUCUCCGGACCUCAAGGAAACCAGUUUGCGCAUCAGUCCCCAGCUCGACCGAAAGCUCCUGAACCGGUCAAGCCUUUCCAACCACAGAUCUUGCGACGUUCUGAAAAGACGGAUCAUGAGAAUCUGAUGGUGAACACUCCCAGGACUGAAAAUGUGGACCGUAGAAGCCCGGCCCCGCCUGGCAUUCAGACACAGACAGCGGACCUCGCCCAAAACUCUGACCGUCGACCCAGCCAGACAAACGCUCAGAAGGAAGCCCUUCUGUCUCUGUUCGGUAAACCCGGUCUCUCACCGUCUUCCACCUCUGUUCAGCCAGACCACCAGACUGUGCCCCUGAACCAGAUGUCCACUGCAGUGUCAGGACUGGUCAGUCCGAUUUCUUCUCGUCACUUCCCCAGCAGUGGAGAAUCCAUCUCCCGUCAUGGUACCCCAUCCGAGAGUGAUAUAAUCCCCAAUCGCAUUGCAUCACCAAACCAUAAGGCGUUCCUUUUGGGAUAUUUGCAAGGCGCCGUUGCCAAGGGCAGCCAAUAA